AUCGCAUCAAUUUCCGCUGCUGGAUGUGAUCAUGUGAGGUUCGACGGGUGCUGGCUUCCCAUGGAUUCCGAUUGAAACUAAUAUUUAAAUAAUUUGCUAUAUCGAUGAUGUGUUUGUUAUACAAAUUAGCACAAGGAUCCUCUCGUCCUUGUGGUGUCGGUGGAGCGCAUCGGCAUUUGAAGUUGGCGAAGACUUGACCACCUUAACGCUCAGCGGUGAUGACAUAAAUAUUUUUCUUCGCCUAGCUUAUGUGUAGGUGCGAUGAUAAACGCCCGGCCAGCCACAAGCGUACAUAAAAGGUAACGAGAUUUUGUAGCGAGCCGCGGUAUAUUCGCAUGAUCAGUUUUUCGCUGACUACCGAACGGACACCACGUACGGUGGCGCCGAUAGUAUUGACCCAGUGUUGGUUGUUUGCCAAGAAGGUGUUGCUGCAAUGAUGUGGCUUCGAAACUGCAUCGUAGCGUUAGUGCUGUGUUUGGCCGUUGUUGGUUUGGCCAAGGCUGAACGAUCCUUCACGAUCGACUAUGAGCGGGACACGUUCGUGAUGGACGGUAAGGACUUCCGGUACGUAGCGGGCUCGUUCCACUACUUCCGUGCGUUACCCGAAACGUGGCGUACGAAGCUGCGCACGUUGCGUGCCGGUGGGUUGAAUGCGGUCGAUCUGUACGUACAGUGGUCGCUGCACAAUCCCCGCGAUGGAGUGUACAACUGGGAAGGCAUCGCGAACGUGACCGACAUUAUUGAGGCUGCCAUUGAGGAGGAUCUGUACGUGAUCCUCCGUCCAGGCCCAUACAUCUGUGCCGAAAUCGAUAACGGUGGUCUACCGUACUGGCUGUUCAAUAAGUACCCGGGCAUUGCCGUGCGUACCAGCGACGCCAACUACAUGGAGGAGGUUCGCAAGUGGUACGGCGAGCUGAUGAGUCGUAUGGCACCGUACAUGUACGGCAACGGUGGACCGAUCAUUAUGGUGCAGAUCGAAAAUGAAUAUGGUGCGUUCGGCAAGUGCGACAAGCCGUACCUCAACUUCCUGAAGCAGGAAACCGAACGUUACGUACAGGACAGAGCGGUGCUGUUCACGGUCGAUCGUCCCUAUGACGAUGAGAUCGGCUGUGGCCAGAUUGACGGUGUGUUCAUCACGACCGACUUUGGACUGAUGACGGAUGAGGAGGUCGACACACACGCAGCAAAGGUGCGCUCGUACCAACCGAAGGGACCGCUGGUCAACACCGAAUUCUACACCGGCUGGCUUACGCACUGGCAGGAAUCGAACCAGCGCCGUCCGGCACAGCCACUUGCCGCUACCCUGCGCAAGAUGUUGCGCGAUGGGUGGAACGUUGAUUUCUACAUGUACUUCGGUGGCACCAACUUUGGGUUCUGGGCUGGCGCUAACGAUUGGGGGCUGGGCAAGUACAUGGCGGAUAUUACCUCCUACGAUUACGAUGCGCCCAUGGAUGAAGCCGGAGAUCCUACGAUGAAGUACACCAUCUUCCGGGAUAUAAUUGGAGAGUACCUACCGCUAGCUGUCAUGCCGAUUCCGGAUCCCGCACCCAAGAUGACACUUGAAGCCAUCCCGCUUACCGUGGUUGAUUCGAUCCUUUCCGAGCGUGGACGUUCGAUGCUCGGCGUCGAGGCAUCCAACAAGGAUGGACGUCUGCUCACGUUCGAAGAGCUCAACCAGAACUCCGGUUUCGUGCUGUACGAAACGACUCUGCCGAAGCUGACACGUGAUCCCAAUAGGCUCACUAUCAACGGCUUGCACGAUAGGGCACAAGUUUAUUUGGACCAGUUCCUCGCCGGUACGUUGGCUAGAGAGAACGCUAUCGAUACGCUUCCCAUUACGGCUGGUUACGGUUCGGAGUUGGCUAUUCUUGUUGAGAACCAGGGACGCAUCAACUUCGACAUCCUCGACGACUAUAAGGGUAUUCUGGGCAAUGUCACCAUUCAAACGUUUGCCGAACCGUACACGAUGGAGCUGGAACAGUGGAAAGUCACCGGGUUUGCGUUCGAUGAUUACAGCAAGGUGCAACAAUUCAUCGAUACCGUUUCCGGUGGUACCGGGGCGAACAAUCGCGGAAUGGCCGUACAUGGACCGAUCGUGUUGAAGGCUGUCUUUGACAUUCCGGCUUCCGAAAUCCAGGACACCUACAUCAACAUGGACGGGUGGGGCAAGGGCUUUAUAUUCAUCAACGGCUUCAAUCUGGGACGCUACUGGCCAGUUGUUGGACCGCAGGUUACGACUUACCUGCCGAAGGAGCUGCUCAAGCCAACCGGCAACACCAUCGUGGUGGUCGAACAGCAAAAGGUGCCCUCCGAUCGGAUGCUGCACUUCUCCGCAACGGCAAUCCUCGACGAAGCGUAAUCCGUGGAAAAAUUAUCAUUUCCUGGCGAAUAAUCGAAAAUAAUAAGCAUUUUUGAAUAAAAUCAUUCCAACCUUAGUACAAGA